GGGGCGCGAGGCGCGGGGCGCUCCGGGGAGGGGUUGGGCGGCCCGGGGUGUUGUUGUUGGGGCCGGUCACUCCCCGUGACCUUUUCUGCACGAGAAGCAGUCAGGCGGCGGGCAGGUAGCGGGCCCGGGCCCCUCGGCUCACCUCGCACCGCCCCGGCGCCGCGCCGCCCGGCACCGCCCCGGCACAGCCCCGGCGAGCGGCGCCCCGAGCGGAGCCAGCGGAGCGCUCACGUGACCCGAGACCACUACGGACAGCAUACCGCGCCGCGCAGCGCCGCGCGCUCGCCGCCGAGGGGGAGUUUAUCGGCGACCUGCCUGACCCCCGUGUCGACCUGCUCGCGGCGCGCCCCGCGGCCCCGGUGGCGGCGGCGCGCCCCCCGUCGGGCGUCGAGGUCGCCGCCACCGCCGCCGAGCGCGACCAGGGCGCCAACGCCGGGGCCGCCAUGUUCAAGUGCUGGUGGAACCGGAGGCGCCGCCACUCGUCCGGUCGGUAUGUGCGCUUCACCCGCGUCGAGCCCGAGGGCAGCCUGCGCACCGUCUCGCGCCCCGUGCGCCCCAGCACCCUGGCGCUCAACUCGGCGUCCCUGGCCACCGUGGCCUGUGGCGCGCGCAGUGCCGUGGCCGUCGUCGCGCCGGGCCUGGAGGUCGCACGCAGCACCGCCACCUACGCGGCCCCGGCCACGCCCGCCAUCGUCGUGGAAGACGCCGACGCCGAAACCGACGACCUGGAGUGCGAGGUGGCCCUCGGGCACUGCGAAGAUGUGGCGCCAGUGGACCGGCCGCCGACCCCCGCCGUGGUCUCGGAAGACGACGACGACGAGGUGGAGAUCCGCAGGCACAACGACAGGCCCAGGAUGACGGCCAGGGCAACGUGCCGCUACCCCCGGCGGCGGCGCGGCCGCUGCAGACCGUCGCCGACGUCGUCCCGGGUCAUCCCGUCGAUACGGAUCAGCCCGCGGGUCGGCACGCUGCCCGGCGGCGCUCUCGACCUGGGCACGGCCUCCAAGAGGUCGUCGCCGCUGCCGGGGACCGCGGAGCGUGGCAUCCUGACCCGCGUCCGUAAGAAGAGCUACCCUUUCGAGGACGGCAACGACGAGGUCUUCUUCAUCCGCGAAAACGAAGACGCCGAGCCCGAGGCCAUCAAGGUGCAGCUCUUCGACGUCGAGGUGGUCACCGUGACCGCCAUCCCCCAAGACGGCGGCGAGGAGGGCGGCGGCAACACGCUCUACCUCGUCGACGGCUACCCGUCCUCCACCGAGGGCGCGACGGACCAGGACGACGGCGGCUUCGAGAACAGCGGCUUCGUCGACGACCCGAACGACUCGGACGGCGGCACGCACCACGUCACGGCGCAGCGACACGUCCAGUUUUCCGAAUGGAUGGAUCAUGAGAAAGACAUCCCCGACAUAGAGAUAGGGCGGUUUCCUUAG